CAUGCAGGCAGUGUUGUGGACAAAUGGGUUAGAGAUGCUCGGCUCUGCAGCUUAGCUAUCGGCGCUCUUCUUUUGCGCUUCCCCACUCACCGUGACCGUCCCAACCCCGCGAAUAUCCAGCGACAUGCCUGGCUUGCUGCGAAAACUAGUUAUCAUCGCCGCCGUCGACGGGCUGAUCCUUCAGUCGCCCGGCAAUGGACUAAGACAUGCUGGAAACAAUGAACCCGCUUCUCUUCGUAUCGACUAUAAGACCAACAAGGUUUCCUCGCUCCCGGCGCUCGCGUCGGACCACGACGAGGACAGAGACUCCGGCUUGGAAACCUAUGGGCUUGUGGGGCUCCUUUCCGUUGCGUCAUAUUCUUUCCUCAUCUCUAUAACGCAGCGACAACAAGUGGCUCAGAUCCAAGGGAAACCUAUCUACGCUGUAACCAAUGUUGCUGUGAUUCCUACAUCGUCGCAAGCAGAUGCGAUCCGCGCGAUCUCUCAGGCAAAAGAAAGCCUGUCUCACGGAGAGAGUGGCCAGGGAGAGACUGCCUCAGACGACAGUAGCACAAUAUCAGACACCGAAACUGAAGGCGGCGACACCGAGAUCAGCACUGCACCAGCUUCUCCGGAGCAGGAGAUCACCCAUUCCAGAGCUCGCAGUGUCGGCAGUAUCGCUGAAGAUGUGAUCGGUAAGAGGGUCCGAUUCGGGCGCUUCGCUGCAAAUUGGUUGUCGAGGAAAACUCUCGGACUACCAGGGCUUGGCUCAGCAGGUCAGACUGCUAUAGAGACACUCGCGGGAGAUUCCAGAGGGACGACUGCAGAGUCGGAUUCUAGAGCCUCUGAUGUGAAUGAUGAACGUACGAAGCCUGUUUCACAGAGCAAUGAUGCAACACCCAAGACCCUUGGAGAGCCCUUCUCAUCUGAUCCAACAGUGGAGUUGCUUCCAAAGCUGCUACGUUAUACGAAGAUGAUCUUUUCUUCCCAGAAUUUCUUCUUCGCAUAUGAUUAUGAUCUCACCAGAAAGUUUGCGGCACAGGAAGAGUCAUCGCUGAAGAACCAUCUGCCGUUGCACAAGAUUGUGGAUGAACUGUACUUUUGGAAUCGUCAUCUCAUGGCUCCCUUCAUAACAGCUGAUGCCCAUAAUUUUGUUCUUCCACUAAUGCAAGGCUUUGUUGGCCAGCGAGAAUUCACCGUAGAAGCUGCAGAAUCUACAGCAGAGACUCACGCCCCAGAAAAGGGGGAGCCGAAAGAGGAGCUUCUUGAAGGGCGCAUACUGGGUGACAAGCAAGAAGCACAGGCAGACCAAACUAGCGACAAGAAGCGUGACUAUCUCCUCACCCUGAUCUCCCGCCGUUCAGUCAAGCGCCCAGGUCUGCGCUAUCUCCGUCGCGGUGUCGACGAUUUGGGGAAUACUGCCAAUGCAGUGGAGACAGAACAGAUUCUUUCUGUUCCUGAGUGGGAUCCGUCUCAUAAUGUCUACUCCUACCUUCAAGUGCGCGGGUCUAUCCCGCUGUACUUUUCGCAGUCACCUUAUGCAUUCAAGCCGGUCCCCGUACUGCAUCAUUCGACGGAAACGAACCAGCUUGCCUUUGAUAGACACUUUCGGAAUCUUAGUCGAAGAUACGGAAAGAUACAGGGGGUCUCACUUAUUGACAAACAAGCAGGCGAGUUGAAACUGGGAGAGCAAUACGAAAAGUACACGAAAUCCUUGAAUGAGGCAGGGGGCAUAGAUGGUGUCCCCCUCGCACUAGAGUGGUUUGACUUCCACAAUGAGUGUCGGGGAAUGAAGUUUGAGAAUGUGAGCCGCCUCGUGAAUCGCCUGGAGGCAACCUUGAAUGAAUUCGGCGACACUGUUAUACAGAACGACACUGUUCUCGAGAGCCAAAUAGGUAUUGUGCGCACGAACUGUAUGGACUGUCUCGAUCGCACUGGGGUCGCGCAAUGCGCGUUUGGUCAAUGGGCCCUCGAGCGUGAAUUGAAGCGCGAGGGCAUCAGCAUAGAUCUAGGCCGUGACUCAUCUACUCGGUGGUUCAAUACACUCUGGGCAGAUAAUGGAGAUGCUAUCUCUAAGCAAUACUCCUCGACAGCGGCCUUAAAGGGUGACUAUACGAGGACCCGGAAGCGGGAUUAUCGAGGAGCAUUGAAUGACUUCGGCCUCACCCUAUCCCGCUACUAUAACAACAUCGUCAACGACUAUUUCUCGCAGGCGUGUAUCGAUUAUCUCCUGGGUAAUGUCUCUACGCAAGUGUUCCAGGAGUUUGCGGUGGAGAUGCAAACUACAGACCCCGGGAUCUCGGUCCAAAAGCUCCGGCAGAAUGCUAUCGAUACUAGUUGCAAGAUCGUCAUUAGCGACCAGUCGGAGGAAUUCCUAGGUGGCUGGACUAUGUUGACCCCACGGCAGCCUAAUACUCUGAGGUCCUUGCCAUUCGAGGAGGCUGUGCUUCUGCUGACAGACGCAGCCAUCUACAGUUGUCGCUUUGACUGGAACAUCGACAAGGUGUUAUCGUAUGAACGUAUCGACUUGCACUCGGUGACACGGAUCAACCAUGGCACUUAUGUCACAUCGGUCCUGACGGAGGCACAGACAGAUGAGCGGAAUAAUGUUGGGCUGGUGAUCGAAUAUCUUGCCGGUGAUGAGAAUGCAUUACGGGUCAACACCCGGUCUCUCCAGAGCCAGGUCACCCCGGAAUCCCUCGACAGCAAUUCGCGUCCUAGUACGGAGUGGAACAUGUAUUCGUGGUUCAAAGGAGGUUCGCGACUGACCACGCGGCUCAUUGCGUUCAAGGCGCUCCCGCCAAGUUCGACAAGCGCGACAGUAAGCCAACCAGAUUGGGUUCGGAGUAUAUGCGAAGAAAUCGAGCGCGCCGUGAUGGCAGGGGAGGCACAACAUGAGGAAGGGGCACGAUCCUCCAUCCUUGAGUCGUCAGACAUCAUUUCAGUAGAAGAGGCAAAGAAGCGUACUGGGUACCUUGAGCAUUUGGUCUACGACAUCAAGAAACUGGUCUGGGCCUAAACUGGGUUAACAAGCUGCACCAGGGGAAGGAGGAAGAGGUUUCGGUCUAUAAUUAUUUCUACAUACUUCCAGUCCAGUGAAGAUUAAUGUCAAUGAGGUUCAAAAACGGC